GGGCUGGCAUCUCCUUUGGGAUGCUUCGCCAGCCGAGCAGAGUGACCUGUCCUGUGGAGGGAGAUCGCAGCCCCUCCGCCCCCAGCCUCCCCCCGGCCCUCUGUUUACACAACUGGGACAAAUUUCACACUGCCGUCCCCACAGCGCCAGCCCCUCGCUCCCCUGCCCCAAAGAAUUUGUGAGUCACGGCCGAGGCUGAGCUAUAAAUGUGUCCCCACCGAGGGUCGGCAGUGUCAGAAGGGACAGCGUCUCCUGCCACCAUGCAAGCUGCUGCCUGUCGCCUGACUGCCCACGGCCUCCCAGUGCCGGUGGCCAGUGCCUGCCCACCCCCGGGGCUGGAGCAAGGGACAAGAGCCCUUCCUCUCUGGAGACCGUGGCUGCCCCGGGCCCAGGAGGGACCCGCGACGCGGCGGGAGGAGAUGGACGCUGCUCGGGCAGCGGAGGGGGACGGCGGUCCCAGCAAAGCGCUGGCGUUCUUCCAGCACCCGGUCAGGCUCCUCUGGCCCAAGUCCAAGGCCUUUGACCACCUGUACAGCGUGGGGGAGAAGCUGCUGGAGAACUUCCCGGUGCAGGCCACCCUCUUCUUUUAUGAGGACUCGGGCAGCGAGGAGGAGGAGGAGGAGGAUGAGGAAGAAGAAGAGAGGGAUGAUGAAGAGGAGGAAGCGACAGGGGACGUGACCGCGGGGCACCCGCGGAAUGCUGGCAGCCCCGGCCUCAGCAGGCCGGCGUGAGGCAACAGGCAGGGGAAGGCAGACAGCGCUGCGUGCGGCAGCGGGGCCAGACCCGCCGGAGCUCCGGCCAACUCCCGGGGCCGCCCCCGGGCCGCGCCCGCGCUCCGCGGGACGGCGGAGGGGCUCAGAACUACGACUCCCGGCCGCCACCGCGGCACCGCCCGGCC